AUAAAAAUUAUGUAGUUUUUCACGUAGCCGCUACGUGCAGAUUAUUUUGGGUGUACGACCUUCUUUAUAGAAGAUACAAUAACCCAAAACAAUUGGUUCAACAGCAUAUUCGCCAACUAUUCGAACUAAAGCCCAUGGAAUCAGAAUCAGCUGCUGGCCUGCGAGAGCUCUUUGACGCAGCAAGAAAACAUCUUCGCUGUCUGGAAUGCUUAGCCCAACCGGUACAGACGUGGGAUGCGAUGCUGAUACAUCUGAUAUCUAAUAAAUUGGAUCCUGCAACAAGGCGUCAAUGGGAAACAGCGGCCUCCGGGAUUUCUCCACCAACAUACGAGCAGCUUGAAGGUUUUGUUCUGGAUCGUUGUCAAGUUAUUGAUGCGAUGCCAAUAAAGCGCAAGGCAACAGUUGAGCAUCAGAGCGGUCCACCUAAACGUGUGAAAACUGAAACAAGAGCGUUUGUGGUGAAAUCAAAUCAGAACAAAUGUGCUGCUUGUAAAGGUAAUCACUUCUUGGGCGUUUGUGACGGUUACAGGAUGAAAUCCGUCGAUGAAAAGUUUCGAUUAGUCAAACGGUUUGGUUUAUGCUUCAAUUGCCUGGCAUCCAAUCAUACAGCUGAAUCAUGUCGAGGAGGACUAUGCCGAAAGUGCAAAGGCAGACACCACACAUCACUGCACCGGGAUAACAACCGUACCUUGAAUGAAAAUCUUAAGACUAAGCAAAAUGGAAACAUGUGUUCUGACUCAGCACUGUGCGUGCUACCCACUGCCUCGAUUCUAGUACCAUCUAAAGGAAAAUUAUUGGCAUGCCGAGUGUUGCUAGACUCUGGGUCCCAAUCUAAUUUUGUAACACAGUCUUUCAUUAAACGCGCUGGUUUAUCCACUGAGCCUACUAAUAUCAACGUCCGAGGUUUCGGAAAUUCAACUAAGUCGAUUCAAGAGAAAGUCAAUGUACAGUUGAGAGCCAGAAUGUCUGUUUUUCAAAGAACCGUCAAGAUGCUAGUUACAGAUUUUAUAACGGAUCCUGUGCCCAAUAACGACAUUGAAAUUGAUAGUUGGGCGAUGCCAGACUUAACACUAGCAGAUCCUGAGUUUUAUCUUUCUCGACCAGUUGACAUGCUGUUGGGAAUUACUGUAUUAAUGGAAAUUUUAAAAGAUGGAAAUCUUGAAAUAAGUCCCCAUUUACCACACCUUCAAAACACCCAUCUCGGAUGGAUAGUGGGUGGAUCUGUAACCAAAAUGAAUGAGAAUCAAUUAAUUAGUCAAAUAAUUAAUGAUAAUACGUACAACUGUUUAGUUCGACCGUGGACGGAAGAAGAAAAUCAAUCGGAGCUGUUGUUUCAGGAAACAACAACUAGAGAACCAUCCGGAAGGUUUAUCGUUAGACUGCCACUAAAAGAAAAUUACAAACUAUUAGGAGAGUCCAAGAAUCUAGCGUUGAACAGACUCUUAAAACUAGAAACUCGCUUUGACAAAGACUCAGAGUUACACAAACAAUAUAAUGAGUUUAUGUUAAAUUACCUUGAAAUGGGCCACAUGGAAAAGGUUUCAGACAUGGAUCUGAUAAUCGAUCAACCCCAUUUCUAUUUCCCCCAUCACCCAGUCUUGAGACCUGACAGCACGUCAACCAAAUUGAGAACAGUGUUCAAUGGUUCAGCCGCAACAUCUAGCGGACUAUCUCUCAACGAUGUCCUUCUAACUGGACCCACGAUACAGCAAGAUAUUUUCAAUAUCCUACUCAGGUUUCGGUGCCAUAAAUUUGUGCUGACUGGCGAUAUCCAAAAAAUGUUUCGUCAAAUAAUGGUUCACAAAGAUGAUAGAAACUUGCAGUUGAUAUUAUGGCGUUUCUCUACUGAGCAAGCAGUCCAUACAUAUCGACUUAACACAGUUACGUAUGGAACUUGUUCAGCUCCAUACCUUGCGGCUCGGUGCCUGCACCAGUUGGGCAAAGAAUUUCAGCAGGUGUACCCAGAAGCAUGCAAAAUUAUCUUGAACGAUUUUUACAUGGAUGACGUAGUAACGGGUCAUGAGGAUAACAUCGAAUUGAUGAGGAUAAAACAGGAGCUGGUAACUAUCUUUACCAGUGCAGGAUUCGAGCUACAUAAGUGGAAAUCCAAUGAAAAUUCUGUUACUGUAAAAUGUGAUGGGGAUGAAAUUUCCAAAAUUCUGGGCAUUCUCUGGAACACGACCAGCGAUUCUCUUGGGUAUGCAAAAGAUAUCGAUGAGCAAGCUGGCACCACCAAACGCAACAUCCUCUCGGAAGUUCAAAAGAUCUUUGAUCCUCUUGGCAUUGUUAGUCCGAUCGUGGUCCUAGGGAAGAUAAUUAUGCAAGAUAUAUGGUCAAUAAAGGUCAAAUGGGAUGAAGAACUACCUACAAAUAUCAUCAGUGAAUGGAAACGGUUUUGUUAUCAACUGAAGGAGAUAGAACGAAUCGAAUUUCCAAGACACGUAAGAUCCAAAGCCAAAAUUGUAGAAAUUCACGGAUUUUCAGACGCUGCUAAACGAGCUUAUGGGGCAGCAAUCUACAUCCGCACUGUGAGUGAAGACGAUAGUGUCAAAGUAAGCUUGCUAUGUGCGAAAUCUCGUGUUACACCCACCAGCGAAAAUGGCAAUUUAGAAGACGUUACCAUACCAAGGAUGGAACUGAGAGCAGCCUCCUUGUUGGUUGAUCUAACAACAAAAGUGAUGGACUCGUUGUCAAUUCUUAUCAAUGGAAUACAUUACUGGACAGAUUCUAUGGUAACCCUAGAGUGGAUACGUAAUCCGAACAGAUCAAGACCUGUGUUCAUAAGUAAUCGUGUUAAGGCUAUAAAUGAAAAAACCUCAAUAACUUCCUGGCAUCACGUGCGUUCCAAAGAUAAUCCGGCGGAUUUAAUAUCGAGGGGAGCAUCGGCACGAAAACUUUUCGCUUGCACUAACUGGUGGAACGGUCCAGCUUUUCUAACGGAGCAUAAUCAACAUUGGCCACUGGAAGGCAAUACAGCGGUUUGUAGUAUGGUAACAACUCAAGAAGAGGUUACAGAAGAAACGGGACCAUGUUUUGAAGAAAUUGAAAAAAUUUCCAGUCUUAUGAAACUUCAAAAAGUAACCGCAUACUGCUUAAGAUUCAUUAAUAAUAGUAAAUUAAAAGAAGAAGAUCGCUUAAAGGGUGAAAUAACUCUCAAAGAGAUACGAGUAGCUCACAAGAAGAUCAUUGUGUGGACUCAAUGGAGAUACUAUGAAAAGGAAAUGUCAUGUCUUACCACAAACAAACUGAUUCCGAGCAGCAGCACACUGCUAACACUUAAUCCCUUCGUCGACAGCGACGGACUGAUGCGCGUAAGAGGGCGCAUUCAAGCAGCCGGAGUCUCGUACGACCAGCAGCAUCCGAUUAUCUUGCCUCCCAAAUCUAAUUUAACUCUCACAAUAAUUCGCCAUUACCAUACCAUUAAUCUACAUGUUGGCGUGCAAUCACUACUUUAUUCGAUAAGAUUGAAGUACUGGAUCCCUAAAGGGAGAAGCCUUAUACGAAAAACCGUUCGUCAAUGUGUCACUUGUUUUCGCCAAAAUCCAGAACCAAGUUCACAGAUUAUGGGAGAUCUUCCAGAAGUACGCCUGAACCCUGGGAGACCAUUUAAAGAAUGUGGUGUAGAUUUCGGAGGACCAUUUACAGUAAAAGAAAACUUCGUUCGGACUCAAAAGACGUUGAAGGUGUACGUAGCCUUAUUCAUUUGUCUACGCACGCGUGCAGUCCACCUUGAGUUGGUGAGCAGUUUGACCAGCGCCGCUUUCAUUGCAACCUUGCGAAGGUUUUCGGGAGUAAGAGGUAGGAGUAGUGUUAUAUACUGCGACAACGCUACCAACUUCACGGGGUCGAAAAAUGAAUUGAAACGACUAACCGACGAAUUCAAAUCUCAAGUGGAACCCGGUGUCCAAAAGUUCUGUACCAUGGAAGGCAUCGAUUGGAAAUUUAUCCCACCAAGAUCACCUUCAUUUGGAGGAAUAUGGGAGGCAGGCAUCAAAAGUGUCAAAUCGCAUAUGCGCAGAAUACUUGGGUCUAAUGUACCCACAUAUGAAGAACUAUUAACGUUAUUCAAGCAAAUCGAAGGGUGUCUGAACUCUCGGCCCAUAUCUCCUAUGUCCACUAAUUCUGACGAUCCAAUUCCGUUGACCCCGGGUCACUUCCUAAUAGCUCACAGAAAACCUUUUAUCGUUUAG